AUGCCUGGUGCAGAGGCAGUCGUCAAUACUACCGUGGCUUCAUCCGCGACCGACUUCGUCUCGCCUUCCUCAUGGCCAGCUAUACAUUCUUUCCGAACAGCCGAUGACGGUCUCCUCUUGAGUCAUGCUCUGCUGGGCACCUUCUUUUUUCUGGAGGGCGUUUGGUGCUUUUGCGUCCUCCUCUUCCCCCGAACAAAGAAUCUCAAAGCGGGCCCGCUCCGCGCAACCGUGCUUGCAGACAUUGUGCAGCUGGUCUUCUGUGCGUUCGGCAUUCUCGUGGAGACCGUCUAUGCCAUCCACUACGCCUACGCUUACCACACCGUCUACGGCGGUUUCGCUCUCGCCGCUAUCACACAGCUCCUCAGUGGUCUGGGAAUCAUUCUGCCCGAAGGUCUGGAUGAUGCGGCCCAAGUAGUGGCGUUUUCUAUCCUGGGUCUGGUCGCGCGUGCACAGGCCUAUGGCGAGGUCUACCUGACCGGUGCAACACGCCUGCUCACCUCAUAUGCCGCUCUGUUCAACGCCGGCGUCGGCACGCUCUAUCAACUUACAGCCUUUUGCAGUCGGCGUCGUUACUCGCUGCUGAUUGGUCAGUUGCGUGCCGGUGGCAUCCUCCUCCAGGGAGUGUGGUUUUGGCAUGUUGGUGCCGUCCUGCGGUCGCCCGACCACUGGGCAGAGCAAGAGCACGACAACAUCAUGCACCUGUCGAUCGUCUUCGUGUGGGACGCUUUCGCAGUGACCCUCAUUUACAGUCUUGUUACGGCACUAGUCGGCUGGCUAACCCCGGGACGAUACGAGGAGUCUACGCACAAGCAGGGCACUGGGAAACUGAAUUGCCUGGAUGUGAGAAAAUACGAGCUUUUGCAGGACUCGAAAGUGGAGACGGGGAUCGCACUGACACCAAAAGUCGUUGAGUAG